AGCAAGUCCUAGGAAGCUAUAUUUAAUUUAUCAGGUUUUAACUAUAUCAUCUUAUAAUAACAAUAAUAAUUAUGGCUUUGACUGUCUAGACUGGUCUUUAUCGUAACAAAAAUAAGCAGUUUUACUUGUUUUUUACGAAAAAUUAAUUGCAUUGCCGCAUCGCACAAUCGAAAAUAAAAAGAAGUAUAUAUUUUUGCUUUAUCAACGUACUUAAAUAUAUCUUACCGGAGAUAAUUGUAAUUCUAUCUAAGUGUUUCGUAAUAUAUACUUUUCCCGUUCUGCGAAUGGCUAUGGCUUCCUGUAACGGGCGAGACGAAAAUAAAGCUAAGUCUCCUAAUUAUACAUUGAAAUAUACCCUUGCUGGUCAUUCCAAAGCAAUAAGCUCCGUAAAAUUUAGUCCAAGCGGUGAAUGGCUUGCAAGUUCCUCUGCUGACAAACUUAUUAAGUUAUGGUGUGCGCAAGAUGGAAAAUUUGAAAAGACUAUACCUGGUCAUAAGCUAGGUAUAUCUGAUGUAGCAUGGUCUAUUGAUAGCAGGUUACUUGUCAGUGCUUCUGAUGAUAAAACUUUGAAGAUCUGGGAGGUGAACUCUGGCAAAUGUGUAAAGACCCUAAAAGGUCACAGCAAUUAUGUUUUCUGCUGCAACUUCAAUCCUCAAUCUAAUUUAGUGGUAUCAGGUUCUUUUGAUGAAAGUGUACGUAUUUGGGAUGUAAAAACAGGAAAAUGUUUGAAGACCCUUCCUGCGCACUCAGAUCCAGUCUCUGCUGUACACUUCAAUCGUGAUGGGUCUUUAAUAGUCUCUAGUAGCUAUGAUGGUCUUUGUCGAAUAUGGGAUACAGCCUCUGGACAAUGUUUGAAAACAUUAAUAGAUGAUGAUAAUCCUCCGGUGUCUUUCGUUAAAUUUUCACCAAAUGGCAAAUACAUAUUAGCUGCUACUUUAGACAACACACUAAAGCUAUGGGAUUACAGCAAAGGAAAAUGUCUGAAAACUUACACUGGCCAUAAAAAUGAGAAGUAUUGCAUUUUUGCCAAUUUCUCUGUCACAGGAGGAAAAUGGAUUGUAUCUGGAUCUGAAGACCAUAUGGUAUAUAUUUGGAACUUACAAACUAAAGAAAUUGUUCAAAAAUUAGAAGGGCACACAGAUGUUGUUCUAUGCACAGCUUGUCAUCCAACUGAAAAUGUUAUUGCGUCUGCUGCAUUAGAAAAUGAUAAAACUAUUAAAAUCUGGAGAAGUGAUUCAUAAUAAGAAUUUCAUAAAGUUCCUUUUUAUAUUAAAUCAUUGCUUCUUUUGUUUAGUUAUUCAUGUUGUAAAAAUAUCAUUGUUGGCUUGCUAUAAUUGUGCUAAAUAAAGUUUUUUUUUAUGUA